GUUCUUAUUCUGGCGGUGAUUUCGGAGGAGUGAAUAAUGUAGUAUUUUAGAAAAACCGACACAUGGAUGUUGGCUCUAAGUGGCCUUGUGCCGUAUGUACGUAUGACAAUUGGCCAGCAGCAUUUAAGUGUACUUUGUGUGGUACACCAAGAAGCUCAACCCUUAUCGAAGAUGAAAUGCAACUUUUACAUUUGUCGUCUAAAGAUUCUGGAAAAAUUAACGAGUCUUGUGCCGAGGCUGUUUUCGAUUCUACGCAACUGAUAAAGUGCCAGUCAUGUACUUAUCUUAAUCAACGACAAAACUUUAAGUGUGAACAGUGUUUCCAGGUUCUCUGUGAUUCACCAGUUUUAGAUGUUGAAGUUUCCAAACAAGCUUCUUCAACAUGGUUAUCUUCUCCUACUACAACAUCUUUAUCACCAUCCGGUAAAUGGACAUGUAUUGAAUGUACAUAUGAAAACUGGCCUAAAAGUAAGCACUGUGUAAUGUGCUUCUCAUCUCCACCACAACCAAUAUGUGUAGUUGAUUGUGAAGAUACUGAGAGCAAAAAUAGUAAUUCAACAUGUGUUUCAUCUAAUUCAUCCAGUUUAAAUUGUAAUCGGCGCCCAAAAUCAAAUAUUUCAAAUAAUACACCAUUAACUUCUCGUGAUCGUUUAUGGCUGUCAGCAUGUGUUGCUGUGGUAAACGGUGAUGUAGCACCAAUUGAGCGUUACAUACUUGGUAAUGGUAGAAUAGAACGAAAACUAACAAAACAUGAGUGCCGCUAUUUGAAUUCGUAUAUGCAAUCAACUACCACUUGUGAUAUAUCGACAACUUUUUCAUAUAUUGAUCAUUAUCCAAAACGAUUUGAUGAUACAAAUUUGAGUCAGCUACCCGGCAGCAGCUGCUAUUCUCAUAAAACAACUAUUCCGAGUUGCGAUAGUGGAAUUGUUUACAGUAAUCUGGACUACACAUUGUCUCCUGGAUAUAAAUUUCGAUCUGGCUGGACAUUGGUGGAUCUAGCACUUCGAUUCUGUCGUACGGAUUUAAUCAACUUAUUUAUUGCUUUAAUUGGCCUACAAGCUACUAGUAGCGCUAUAUCUGUUGGUUCUGGAUCGAAGCAUUCCACACUACCUAUGAAUUCGUCGAGUACCGCCUCGGUCAUUACUUCAUCGAAUAGUACUACCAUUGCAACGAACGUCUCAAUGUCCGUUACAACUUCAAAUACUUUUUCUCUUUCAAGCAAUAAUCUUCGUAACUCCACAUUGAAUCCUUCAUUUCAAGAUACUCAGCAAACUCACAGUAGAAACAUUCAAGUAAAUCGUAAAUUAAGCAGUCCACUGACAGGAAAUCAAAUACAUCCCUCACUUCAAUUAAUUUUGAAUCGAACACCAGGUAAUAUAAAUAAGACUCAAGUCACUAGAAGUAAGUGGAUGCCGUGUCAAGCUAGCCCUCAUAUUGCUGGCGAAUUACGAGAUCUAUUAGCAAAAACGGUAAAACACUGUAAAGGAGACUUUCCAUGCGCUUAUUUUUCUGAAUGGGGAACUUUUGCUUUGCCUUAUUCAAUUACAAAAUUCCCUUCUCCAGUAAAACAAUUGCUCUUGUCGGAAUUAUGCGAUAUGCAAGCUCAAUCAGAGUUGGAAGAUGAGGCUAAAGCAAUCAAUUGGUGGUUUAUCCCUGGACAAAAGCAAUCGAGUCGUCUAUUUGCCUUGUGGAAUCGAACAGCAGGUGAUUGUCUGCUAGAUAGCGUCUUACAGGCUUGUUGGGGAGUAUUUGACAGAGAAAAUUGUUUACGUCGCACACUUGCUGAAAGUCUUCAAAAUUGUGAGGCAAAUUUUUAUCCACGCUGGCGCGACUAUGAAGCAUUACAAGCUGCAUGUCAUUAUAUCUUAGAUGAAGAUCAAUGCCAAAGGGAUUGGGAAAAUGUACUUACAGCGGCAUGUCAACCACGUGAAGCUUUAGAACAAAUCCAUAUAUUUGCUUUAAGUCAUGUCCUUCGCCGACCAAUUAUUGUCUAUGGUGUAAAGUACAUAAAAAAUUAUCGCGGUGAACCAAUAGGGAUAGCUAAUUUUCAAGGUAUUUAUCUUCCACUUCUCUGGGAAAAAUGCUCUUGUUCUCGGAAUCCCAUUGUUUUGGGCUUUACGCGAGGUCAUUUUACUGCACUUGUACCCAUUGAACCGUGUCCCUUAUCCUCGAGUGGUGUAUGCAGUGAAUCAACUGCAGAUACCAACCAAACAACUGGAGUUACCUUUUCACCGUAUGCUUCUCCUCGUACAUCUUCACGUAGACAUAGUCCUACACCUCUGGAUGAAACAAGUAAUUAUACUCAAGUGCCACUCACUACUGUUCCUCCAUCGACAUCUCUUUCAGAAACGCAACUAGUUUCUUCAACAGAGUCAUCGUUAACCAGCUGUGGAACAACCUUACCUGGUGCAAUAUCUCAACAAAAUGCUUUCGUAUAUCUUCCGCUCGUUGACAGACAAGGAGUUUUGUUACCAAUACAUUUUACUACAGAAAAAGAGGUAAAAAAAGUUCUUGAUUCCACUCCGAAGAAUAAGGAUAACCAUUGCGAAGCAAUUAUGUUGGGUUAUUCUUAAACAACCAUUUUUUCUUUACUUAUAAUCUCUUUGUAAUAAUGUAUCAGUAAAAGUUGGAUUUAACUGAUUGAUUGUAUUGAACGUUAACUAACUAUAUAUUUACACUAAGGAUCUAUGUAGCUGUAUUAGAUCUUAUGAUAGAUACAUAUAUUAUUUGGGUUCAGUCGCACGUCACCUAUCGUCCAUUGUUUGGUUUCUCAGCUCUGUCUAUAGCUCGUAUAAAGUUAAUACUGAGUUUUGUCUAAAGCAUAUCCAAUGAAGUAAAGUUUAUGAAUUUGUUCAUAUUGACAGUCGACUUCAGCUAACAAUUAUGAAAGCUGAGUUAAGCAGAAAACUUAUACAGAAAGCCUUGUAUAGCUAGUGGGUCGAGUCGCUCGUAUUUUUACCAGUCGUCAUAUCACCAGGUCAACAUCUAAGUAUUUACAACUUCUGCCUGUUGUAAUGUAAACUAGUCUUAGUAAGGUGCUAUUUGUUGUAACCCAACGCAUCUAUACUUUGGAUACAAUUGUAGAUUUCAAAAUACAGUCUGGAUACCCUUUACUAAAUGAGUAUCCGUUAAUUUUUAGGAAUCGGUCUAGAAGUUCAGUAACACAUAAAUCCUAUCAUUAUUCCAUCCCAAAGAAAAGUCCUCAUCAAAGUACACAUCAACCAGCAUAAUUUUGAAACAUAGAGCGAAAUCACCAUUACAGGAACAAAGUUCAUUAUUUCACAUGGUCUAUUUUGAUGAAAAUGACUGACCUAUAAGUAAAUCAGGGCAGCAAACGUUUUUACCUUUUUAUACUUUGCCGUAAAAUUUUUAACAGUCAUGCGAUGCAAUGAGAAUUGGCAAAGAAAGCAACUUUUCUGUAUUUUCACCGUCAUUGUCCAGGAACUACCAAAUGCAGUUCUUGGCCGAUUACAUAAACUUGUAUUUGGUAAAUAACUUGCAUUUUUAAAAUGAGAUUAUUAUUAUUAUUAUUAUUACAGGCUAAAAUGUCUCAUACACUUCUUCAAGAAUGGUUAGAUGUGGUAUGUACAAGACGGGGGCUACCGCUUGCCCGAUUGCGCUUACAUUCAAAACACGUACUUGUUGAUAACAUGGUAGAAGAAUGGCUAGAUUCCUAUCGUUCGUUAGCUAAAUUAUCUACUAAUAGUAAUCCUAUUACAUCAACUGCACCAUCUAAUAUCAAUAACAUCAACACUACUAUUUCUUCUAUUACUGGCUCUACAAAUAUUCAGCAUACUCAUCUCGUCAGUGAACAUUCAUCAUCAUCGAAUUCCAUAUCAUCUGAUACAGAUCAAGUUGAGUAUACAUCAAAAUCAACAUCAUCAUCUUCAGAUGCACUACGCAGCUCUAGUCCCUAAUCUUAUUAUAAAUCCAUAUGUUACUGAUAAUUUAUUUGUUGUGGAGUUUAUAUACAAAGAAAAUAUCAACCAACUACUUACUUUUUAAUAUAUUAUGGCUGUGAUAUAUUUUAUUCCCUUGUUUUUCCUUCGUUAAGAAAAGGUUGUCCACUUCCUUACUAUAUUCCACUUCUUACAGUUCUUUCUAGAUAUUCUUUUUUAGUGGGCCCCUUUCUAUUCCUAAUGUGUAUUUUUUUGUUCAUUUAUUGUUAGUAUUCACCAGAUAUAUUUACCCUUCAAUUACUAUAGACAUAAUAAACAUGUUUGUAAUAAAGAACAUGAAAUUAUUUUAGUUUUUCUCUUCUUUUUAAUCUCAAUUUUCAAUAUAUAUAUAUAUAUAUAUAUAUAUAUGUAUAUUAAACAAAAACCGAUUACGCACACAUGUAUAAGUAGAGUUUAUGAAUUACAAAAGAUUUGAUGAAAUCAUUCUUAUAUUUUCUGUAUAAUCUAAAUAUUCUCCAUUCACUUAUCAAUUUUUUCUUUUGUGUAUGUGUGUGUAUAUCUGUUCUGGUUGCGGGUAUUUUGAAAGUUUUUAUUUUAUUUAGAGAUUGUUAUUGUUUAGUAUCCUUCGUCUUAUUAUUAUUAUCCUCCUUUAAUAUUCAUCGGUAAUCUUCUUCUAUAGUUUUAGUAUUAUUAUUAUCUAUUCAGUGAAUUAAUUUCUCAUUUUGUUGUAGCAAUUGUGUAAAAGUUGAAUGAAAACUAUUUUCCAUUUAGAAGUCAUAAUGUUUUUCUAUUAGCGUAUUUUUUAUUAAAAAAAAGUGUUGGCUAUUUUUCCCAUCUUGGUUGCUAAUUUGACAGCAAAUAAAAAUACACAUACAAACAUAGAAUAAUUUACCAUUAUUUUUAUUAUUUACACGAAUUUCACAAAGAUUACUAUUCUUAUCACAAUAAGAUGAUUGUUUUUACUGUUAAUUAAACAUGAGAAAUAAAUAGUAAACUAGAAUAUUUCUUGUAGAUGCUAUGUACUGUUCAUUGCUAUCUGUGAUAGAUGUUACAAUAUAUGAAAGAGUUUACAAUGCUGCUCUCAUUGCCACAGGCAUAUACCCAUUGCAAGCAUAUUGAAAUAAUCUACAAGUCUUCAUAAACCUCAAGAAUUAUCUGAAGAUCAUAUAUGGCCUAUGAUUACUAACAAUUUAUUUAUUGGAAAUCAAACUGUCUAUUAGCACUUAACCAACAUAAAAACAAUGGGUGGGUUGGGCACGUGAUAAAUUAGCCAGGAAACUUAAACAAAGAAACAGUUUUUCACUCUUAAAACUUCCAGUGUAGAUAUUUUAUGAAGCUAACUUAUGUUGCCUUCAUUAAAAAAAGUUUUUAUGAUUUUGUUUAUGGGUUUAGUCACAAAUUGUUAUGGUUUUUUAUUAUCAUUAUCCGUCUGAAGUUUGUUGUCAAUUCUGUACUUUAGUUGCAUUACAUAUGAAUGAAUUUCAACCAUU